GCGUACGCGACGUCGUGAACGCACCUUCAGCGGUAGCGUUAAAGGUACAGUGCGCGCGCCUUUCGGCCGCGAUUGGCCCGGUACUCGCCGUCAGUCCGGUCAGUCUUCAGUCUGGCGCGGUGGAAUGCGCUUGUGUAUGCGUUUCGUUCGCCAGCCGCGCGUCUUUCAUUCAUACAUCCCUCUGUGGUAGUAAGUUCGUGUCGCUUCCCGUCCGCGGUUUUACUUGGAAACGUAUCGCGGACGGCACUGGACGUGCGCGGCGAUACACGAAAUGCGGUCGCUCGUAGCCAUCACGUCGGCGGAUCGCGCAUUACGCGUGUAAACACAAUGGACAUCGUCGUCCCAUGCACAAAGGACGGAUAGAAAGCAGUGAAGUGAGUGAGUGGAGUAUAGUGUCCAAGAUGGCGGAAUCAAGCUAUUAUCAGGGCGAUUACAUCAGGCACCCGGUUCUUUACGAACUGUCGAGCAAGUAUGGAGUGGCUGGCAGUGACCAGGUGCCCUUGCCGGUUCGUCUCGACGAGCUCCGGGAGCACAUACGCCGAGAAAUACGCAAGGAGUUGAAAAUAAAGGCCGGCGCCGAGAAGCUGAGGGAGGUCGCGACCGAUCGUAAAGCGCUGUCCGACGUGGCGACGAUCGUGAAAAAGGCGAACAGCAAGCUGAACGAGCUUCAUGCGGAGCUCCAGCAGCUCGAGAGUCAGAUUAUAUUGACGCAGGGCCAGCCCCAGUCGCCCCAGCAAAAUCACUCGAACGGUCAAGACACGCCUCUGUCACCAAUGGGGCCGUCGUCGCCGAGUCAGGAGGGUCUAUUCACGGAUCUCCGUCUUUUGUCCUUGGAGAAGCAGCUCAAUAUCGAACUCAAGGUGAAGCAGGGCGCCGAGAACAUGAUCCAGAGCUUGACCAGCGGAAGGGACAAGAAAUUGUUGCAGGAGGCGCAGCAAAUGUUGGACGACUCUCGCGCCAAAAUCGAGUUCCUGCGCAUGCGCAUCAUGAAGGUCCGGCAAGCGCGUCAGCAGCAACACGCGCGGGGUGACGCACCGCCGCCAAACGGCGAGACAACUAGCAAUAAAGACAGGUACGAGCCCAGUUUGGAGCUCGCGCUGGAAGAAAGGGUGGAGGAGCUGCGACAUCGUUUGCGAAUCGAAGCCGCGGUGGUGGAGGGGGCUAAGAACGUGAUACGUCUUCUGCAAAGUGCCAAAGUCGCUGAUAAGAAGGCCUUAACAGAGGCUCAGGCGAGUCUCGCAGAAUCAAGUAGGAAACUGAACUUGUUGAGAUUAUCCCUUGAACUUAGAAGACAGGAGUUGCCACCCGACAGUGGCACAGCCGCUCAAUUGAAGAGAGAAUUAGCCAGCGUGCAAUCGGCUAGCCCAGUCCCCGUCACUUACACGUCGUUGCAACCGUUUCGUGGCCCCUUGGAAGGCAGAGCCACCGUGCCUGCUUCGGUAUCAAGAUGUGCAGCUGUUACUGGACAAUUGGAGGUUAGGUUAAUGGGGUGCCAAGACUUGGCGGAGGAAAUACCCGGGCGUACGAGACGAGAGCACCCGGCAAGUCCAGAUCUACGUAGUUUUGUUAAAGGGGUUACAGGACGUAGUUCGAGCAAGUCGUACAGCGUCAAGGACGAAACAAGUAAUGAUAUUAUGGCAGUUAUUAAAUUGGACAACCAAACAGUAGCACAAACAAGUUGGCGACCGUGUUCCCAGCAGGCUUGGGAUCAAAGGUUUUCCAUCGAGCUAGAUAAAUCGAGGGAACUCGAAAUAGGCAUUUAUUGGAAAGAUUGGAGGUCCCUUUGCGCCGUGAAGUUUCUGCGUUUGGAAGAGUUCAUCGACGACGUGAGACACGGAAUGGCGCUUCAGUUGGAGCCGCAGGGCCUCCUUUUCGCCGAGAUAAAAUUCCUCAACCCUAUGAUUUCGAGGAAACCGAAGCUGCAACGUCAGCGCAAGAUCUUCAAGCAACAAGUGAAGAACUUCCCGAGAGCCAAUCAGAUGAACAUCAACGUCGCCACUUGGGGCAGACUCCUGAAACGAUCGGCUCCCUCGUUGCACAAUACAAGAAAUUCGGAAAGCCCGCCAUCAGGACCGCAACCAUUGCAGCUAGUUUUCGAUACCUCGUUGGAAGACAAACCCGAGACGCCCGGUGAACUGCCUGAUCCGGACAAAGGGGGUUUGGGGGGAGCUAGACCUUUAGGACUGUCCGCUUCGAGCAGCAGCCCGACACUGCCGCGUCCGCCGGAACAUCCUCCGCCCCCACCACCCACGGUCACAAAGAAGCUUUCAUUGCCAGCGCCGCCACCGCCGCCAAAAUUAGAUCAAGAAUUACAGAGUGCAUUAAGGGAGUUUGAUUUCCUGCACAACGAGGAAAAGGGGGGGUCUCAGGGCGCAAAUUUGAGGCCUCUCGUUACAGAGCCUCGUCCCGUGCUGAUUGCACCACCCUCUUCACGCACACCCUCGCCCCAACCUGUCAUCGAGUUUCCUGAAGAUGAGGUCGUGUACGAAAUUCCAACUAAGCCUUCCCAAUACAGAGACAGCGCCUACGAGUCCAGAAGACACUCUCAACUCACCGGAAUGACCAUAGAUAAUUUCAGGCUACUGUCGGUACUCGGCCGCGGUCAUUUCGGUAAAGUGAUUCUGUCGCAGUACAGAAACACUGGCGAAUAUUUCGCGAUCAAAGCGCUGAAGAAGGGGGACAUAAUAGCAAGGGACGAAGUGGAGUCGUUGCUAUCGGAGAAAAGAAUAUUCGAGGUGGCAAACGCCACGCGUCAUCCCUUCCUCGUGAAUCUCUUCGCUUGUUUUCAAACCGAGGCACACGUGUGUUUCGUAAUGGAGUACGCAGCCGGCGGUGAUCUUAUGAUGCACAUACACGCGGACGUUUUUGGCGAACCACGAGCCGUGUUUUACUCCGCCUGCGUCGUGUUAGGAUUGCAAUAUUUGCACGAGAGUCGAAUCAUCUACAGAGAUUUGAAACUAGACAAUUUAUUAUUGGACACGGAGGGUUACGUGAAGAUCGCCGAUUUUGGUUUGUGUAAAGAGGGAAUGGGAUACGGAGAUAGAACGGGAACGUUCUGCGGGACGCCAGAAUUCUUGGCACCGGAAGUUCUCACUGAGACCUCGUACACGCGGGCUGUAGAUUGGUGGGGUCUUGGAGUAUUAAUAUUUGAAAUGCUUGUCGGUGAGUCGCCGUUCCCCGGUGACGAUGAGGAAGAAGUGUUCGAUUCUAUCGUGAACGACGAAGUUCGCUAUCCGCGAUUUCUUUCUUUGGAAGCGAUAGCAAUAAUGCGGAGGUUGCUAAGGAAAAACCCCGAUAGAAGAUUGGGCAGUAGCGAAAGAGACGCUGAGGAUGUUAAAAAGCAAGCAUUCUUCAGGCAUAUAGCUUGGGACGAUUUACUCUUAAGACGCGUUAAACCACCGUUCGUCCCAGUAAUUCAUUCUGUGGAAGAUGUCAGUAACUUCGACGAAGAAUUUACAUCAGAGAAACCUCAGCUAACACCACCUAAAGAUCCAAGGCCGCUUAACGAUUUAGAACAAAGUCUGUUCAAAGAUUUUACAUACAUGGCUGACUGGUGCUAGCCAUAACGUUAAUC